AUACGUACGUGGCUGGGAGAAGAAUUAAGCCUAACUUGCUGCCGUUGACGUUAACUCGUAAUCGGCAUUGUGCAGUACAUAAAAUAUAUAUUACACUACAUGAUAUCAGUUAUAAUUUUACCUGAGGAAUGAAAAUUAAACUUGAAUUAUUUUUAUUAGUGCCCUUGUUUAUGGAAAGCGUAUAUAGCUUUAUACUCUCUGGAGAAAGGCAAUGAAAAGCUGCACAUAUGCAGUCAAGUCACCCAGAUUUCGGACAAGCUGGAUACCCUCAGCAAUAUGGUUUUCCUCAGGGACUACCAACAGUACCAAGCAAUUCUGCUCAUGACAUGAGCAAACAAGUUCCAACAGGCCAGCCAGGAAUGUAUCCUAACUCUGGUGGUAUUCCAUCUGCAUCUCAGCAACACCACCAGCCUGGCAUGGGAGCACCUGCACCAUCUCCACAACCUCCUCCUAUGGUACAGCCGGGUCAGCAAAUAAAUAGAGGGCAUAAUAUGUCAAUGAAUAAUUAUUAUGCUCGAACUAAUGCUCCAAGAUCGAUGCCUAAUAUGGCUAGGAAUCCUUUAACAAAUGUUGUGAACCAGACUGCUCAACAGCCAUCUUCACAAUAUAGUCAACCAGUACACAUGGUUCCAUCACAUGCUUCGUUUAAUCAGAUGCCUACUGUACUUUUAAAUCAUCAUCAUUUGGCACACAUGUACCAACAACGACCUUACAGUCCACCACAAUAUUCUAUAAUUAGUCCUGGGCCAGCAGCUGUUUAUGUAAAUAGUUGGAAUAAUUAUAGCAAUCCAACUCCUCCAAAUACGAAUGGUUACUACCCAUCAACUCCUAUAUCAUCUUUUAAUACUAUACCUCCACCUCCAGUGUCAAAUCAUAUGCCUCCUCCAACUACCAAACUAAGGAAAAAUGCUAUACCUAUUAUUAAUCCAGACACUGGAGAAGAUGUUUUAAAUCGUUUAAAUGACGAAGACAGUUCACGUCCUCAGUUAGAAAAAGAAGCAGAAAAUGUUGGUACAAAUAUUUCUAUUCAGUUUGCUGCACAGGUUGCUGCUGCAUUAGCAAAUGAUCAAAAAAAUGAAUCAUUAUCAAAAUCAGCACCAGUGGAAGAUAGAAGAAUCCUAGACCCGCAACCUCCUGUUCUAUGUCCAAGUGAAAUACAGGUAUUAAGUAAUAUUGAACAAGGUGAAAAUACUGAACUACAUGAAGUGUGUGAGCCCUACAUUGAUAAUAGAAAUAUUACCUGUACUGAUGAACCGAAUAUAGCUUUUUUCAAGAAAGAUGAUAGUAUUAUUGAAAACACAUUUGAAAAUGAAAAAAUAAUUCCUGAAACUGUGGAGUCAGUACAGAUAACUGAAAACAAAGACUCUGAUACAUAUAGUACAUUACCUGAUGCAACAGUUCAUGAGAAUAUUUAUGAAACAAAGACUGAUAAUGUUCCACUUCAUGAUGUUAGUGAAUCUGAAAAGAACAUAGGAUAUUAUGGAGUACAAGAAACAAAUAAAGCCAAUGUUCAAUUAACCACAGAAACAGUACCAAAUAAAACACACAGCAUGGUAGAAACAACUCCAGCUAAUUUAGUGACUGAAGAAAACAAAACAGUGCAGUCAAAUGGUGAUGCAUCUGAAGUCUUAGUAUCCUCAGGCAGCUCCAAAUCAACAGAAAAGUCAUCAGUUGAAAGUAAGAAAAAUAAAACUAAAAAGAAGAAAGAUUUAAAUAAAAAAGGAGAAAGCAAAGAGGGAGGAGAGAUGGAUGCUUUCUUGGUUAAAGGAGAGGAAGUGACAUCUGUAGCAUCUCAAGUUCCUGCUCCACCACCAGUUACAUCUGUCUCCCCUGUAUCUGAAGAGAGAAUUCCAUCUCCUGUUACCAUAGUUGACAGUGAAAUACUAAGCUCCAUACCCCUUCCUGAGGAAACCUCAGCUGUGUCAACACCUCAGAAUGAUAUUUUCCCAAGUGAGCCUACUAGUGAAACGUCUUCAGUUUCACCUAGUGCAGAAAGCGAGGAUAAAGAAAACAUAUCUGAAGAUGCACAAAGCAAAAUAGUUUUGAAAUAUAAUUAUAAAGAAGAUCAGUGGAGCCCUCUAAAUCCUGAAGGGAAGAAACAGUAUGACAGGGACUUUCUUCUUCAGUUGCAGUCUCAACCUAUGUCAUUAUGUAAACCUAAUAACCUGCCAAAUCUAGAUGUGAUAAAAGACAAGGCUCAUAUUCAAAAGCUAACUGAAGUGAAUAGAGCUGUGCCAGUGUCUCUUCCUGUUCGAAAUUACACUGAUCCAUUUAUGCCAACAUAUGCAAGAGGUGGUGUACCAAGACCUCCUCACACUGCUGUUAAUCGUCGAAGUCAGCCUGGAAGAGGAGAGAAGCCAAAAAAAAUUAUUUCAUUUUCAAGCUCUCUUACGCAAAAUAUUAAAUUACAUGAGUCAGAAAAUGCAUGGAAGCCAUCUCAUAAGGUGGAGAAACCUGCUGAUGAGACUGCUGAAAUUCAGGAUCUAUAUAGGAAAGUUCGUGGAAUCUUGAACAAAUUGACUCCUCAAAAGUUUGAAACACUUGUUGGGCAAGUGAAAACUUUAAGUAUAAAUACAGAAGAAAAGCUAAAAGGAGUAAUUGAUUUAGUUUUUGAAAAAGCAAUUGAUGAACCAAACUUCAGUGUUCCCUAUGCUAAUAUGUGCAAACAGUUGGCACUGAUCAAAGUGCCUUUAGCUGGACAACCUGGACAACAGGUAAAUUUCCGAAAGCUCUUACUUACCAAGUGCCAGAAAGAGUUUGAGCAAGAUAGAACUGAUGAGCUUAAGAGGAAAGACAGAAUUAAAGCCAUUGAAUCUGCAGAUCCUGAAAAGAAGAAAGAGCUUCAAUUAGAGUACGAUGAAGAAGAGAAGAAAAUGAGAUAUAGGCAACUAGGCAAUAUAAGGUUCAUUGGAGAACUCUUUAAAUUAAAUAUGCUUAUUGAACCUAUAAUGCAUGAGUGUAUUAAGAAGCUUUUAAGUCAGCAAGAUGAAGAAUCCCUUGAAUGUCUUUGUCGGCUUUUAAAAACCAUAGGCAAAGAAUUAGAUGAAGGAAAAUCAAACAAAGCCCCAAGAGAUGCUAAUCUUAUGGAUGGUUAUUUUGCUGAAAUGCAAAGGAUUGUGGAUAAACGCUUGACAAGUUCUAGAGUUAGGUUUAUGUUGCAAGAUGUAAUAGACUUAAAAAAGAAUAAUUGGAUUCCAAGAAGAGAUGAGAAUAACCCUAAAACUAUUGAUCAGAUUCACAAAGAAGCAGAAAGAGAAGCUCGUGAGCAGCAGCAAGUAUUUUCAAAUAUGAAUUAUUCUAAGCGAAUGCCUGAUGACCGUGAUAGGAGGAAAAGUGCAGCUCGCAAUUUAGGUCAGUCAGAAGAAGGCUGGAUUCCAUCAUCGAAGAGUAAUAAAGGAAGUUAUAAUGUUGUAGAUCCUAAUAAAUUGAAGUUAACUAAGCCAGAUGAAGUGGAAAGUAUUCGCUUAGGUCCUGGUGGAAGAGGCCUUCAGAGUUGGGGUAGGGGUAGUAGUGGCGGUACAAAAACAUCUGGUGAUUCAGAUGCCAAAACUCCUUUAGCAAACAGGUAUUCUGCACUUGCUGACCAAAAUUUGGCUCCAAAUUAUGAAGCCAGGCGUGGUGCUCAGAGAUCUGCAGCUUCAAGUCGCGAAUCUAGUCGUGGCCGCAAUAAUCCUAUGACUCCACCUGUAAGGAAAACGCCCUCUACAUCUAAAGAGCGAGAGAAUCUGCUUGAAACAAUUAAAGGUCUAGCUUCUCGGGCUGGUGUUAGUGAACCUAAAGCACAAGACGUUAAAAGGAAUCCAGAGUCUCUUCUCAAUGGCAAAGCAGUUGAUGGACCUGCUGUUGCUUUACGAGGAGUUGAACUGUCAGAAGACGAUGUUGAAAAGAAGACUAAACCCUUAAUCGAUGAAUUUUUACACAAUAGUGAUUUUGAGGAAGCUGUAAAAUGUGUUACGGAGCUGGCUUCUCCAACCACUGUUCAUUAUUUUAUUAAUGCAGCAAUUAAUCAAGUCCUGGAACGGUCUAGUCAAUCUAGGUAUUUAUUGGGCCAAUUAUUGUGUUCUCUGGAGAAGAAGAAAAUAAUUACCUUAGAGCAAUAUAAAAAAGGGUUUUGUGGUAUUUUAGAAAAUUUAGAUGACUAUGCAUUGGACAUUCCUUUAAUAUGGGAAUAUAUUGGUGAAAUAUUAGAACCUAUGAUAGAAGAUAACAAAUUGCCUUUGACAUUUUUGAAGGAUGUUUUAGAGCCAUGUAUGCCUUCUCAAACAGCUGGGAAGUUAGUUUCUGCAGUACUUCAUUGUGCAGCUAAGAAAAAGGGCACAAUUAAAUUAGGUGAAUUAUGGAGAGAAUCUGGUUUGCAGUGGACAGAUUUCUUAGGUUCCAGUGCAAAUGUGGAUGAUUUUAUACAUACCUAUAAAUUGGAAUUUACAAUUAGUCCUACAAAAAUUCUACCAAAUACUGAAAUGUCACCAGAAGACAUAAAAAAGAACUUAAAAAUUUUACUUGAGAAAACUGAAGAGAGUGAAGAAAUAUUUGAUUGGAUAGAUGCAAAUGUAUCCCAGAAUGCAUUAACAGAACCUUCCUUUAUUCGUGCCUUGGUCACUGCUGUACACGAAGAUGCCAUAACAGGAACAGAUCCAAAGUAUGAACUCGAUGCUUCGAGACUAAAAAAGAGGAUACCGCUUUUGACACGAUACAUAGAUCAUAAUGGAAAUUUAGAACUUCAAGCUUUGUAUGCCAUCCAGGCUCUUAUGAAUCAGUUGAAUCAACCAAAAGGAAUUCUUAGACAAAUUUUUGACAUCUUAUAUGAUGAUGAUGUGAUUAGUGAAGAGACUUUUAAACUUUGGGAACAGAGUAAUGAUCCGAAUGAAUUGGAAGGCAAAGGUGUUGCUGUACAAUCUGUAAAAUCAUUUUUCACGUGGCUAAGGGAAGCUGAAUCUGGAGAAUCUGUAGAUGAUGAAUGACGAUUGUGUAACAUAAAAUUUUACUUAGUUGGACCUAAAAGACUACUUUCAAUUGGUGUAUAUGGAUACAUCAAGUUAACUUUCGGAUGUUUCAGAAGUCAUGAUAUGUGAUGCAAGGAUUUGUUGGACAUCAAUCUGGAUUUCCAUUAAAAAUGAUAUAUUGUUUGUGCAAUUAUAUAUAGUUUGUUUUUUUUAAAUAAUUUUUGAAAUUAAAAAAGUAUAGUGUAUAAAAAAUUACCUAAAGUAUUGUAUGAUAGGCACUUUGUGUUCAGUCACUGUACUCAAGUUUGUUUUGUCAAAAUAUAAAAAGUUUGGCUUCAUUCAAAAAAGGAAAGAAAAAAAAAAAAAAAACUCACUUGUAUAAUGAUUUGCAGAAAAUGUAUUGCAUAUUUUUCUGCUAAGGAAUGGGGUAAGCUGUUUUAAGAAAAGAGGGGGUUGAUUAGAGGAUUGUAAAUUGAAUUCUUAAAAAUGUGCCUCAUCACUCCCAAUGCUAAAGCAUUGGACUUAUUUCCAGUGCAGUUUUUGGUGAAAAUUAGAUUUUUUGUACAUAAUGGGCAUAUUUUGCAAAAUUAGAUCUUUCCCCCAUUUGCUGAAUCUGUAAGUAAUAUAUAUAUUGUAUUAAAGUUGUGCCUUCUUAAAAUUUUUGUUUCCCCUUGAUUUCAUGUAUCUUAUGAAGAUUUAACAGUCAUUGAUGGAAUUUUAAUAUAUUUAAUAUUAGUGUCUCCAUAUCCUAUUCUUUCUGAAACUUUUUUUUCAAUCCUUUAUCACGGCAAAUCUAUUUUGAUACUCUGUUGAAAGCGAGAAGCAUCUAUGAUGCUGUUCCUAAAUGUGAAAAGUCAUGUAAUUCUGAAAUUCUUGUAUAAUUGUAUACUUAAUCCUCUGUACUGUGAAUGGGAAGGAAAAAUGUAAAUGGCUAACUUUUAGGUAAUUUUUCUGUUUCCUGUUUAUAUUUUUGCUUCUCUUUCCAGUUGUGAUAUUAAGUUGUAAAAAAAAAAAGUUUGAAAUGUAAAAUGCAGUGUAUUCCUCCUUUUUUAGACUAUGAAGGUGUGUCAAAUUUGAUUACUGUUCAUAUGGCUCACUGCAAACAUAUUUAUUGUGUAAAAAAAACUAGGAAAUGCAUAAAUUUAUUUUGUUCUGUAGAAAGCCAGGUUAUUUUAUAUCUGGUUUCUUUUCCAUUAAAUAAUGCUGUAUUAGAAACAAUAUCAACAGCAAAUUAUAAUAUAUACAUAUAUAUAUAUAUAUAAUGUUUUAUACAUCAUUACUGGUAAUGAGGUUUUUGUAUCAACAAGAAUAAUGAUGAGUGUGUUAUAAAACUUAAGAUUUUUCAAA